UGUAGUGAAGGCAGUACAAGUAUUUAAUACCGUGUGUUUUGAAAUAGUAUGGACAAUAUAGGUGAAAAGUUGAAGCCGUUUGGAUGAUUGUAUAGAAAAGUAACACUGAUAUCGGAUUUGAUCAUAUGUCGUUAUUAGUUCCAGAGUAAACAACCAGCCGGAAGUGUAACCUAUUUAAAGUAUUGCCAUGGAGAAGUCUGGGCAUGCGCCGGCGCCGGUCCCGAUUUCCGCAGACGAGGCGGCUUUCCAUGUGCCCCCGCCAUCGUAUGAAGAGGUUAUGGGCGCGUACCAAACUUCAUUUAAGCCAGGUCCAGACAGCCUGCCGCAGUUGGCCUACAUCGACAUUAUGCCACGUUGUCUCCGACCCGGUAACAUCAAGGGCAAGCUCAAACCAGAGUUCGAUAACUUCAGCGCGGUAGUAACGGGAGCGAACCGCUGGCUGGCGGACCACCCGGAACUAAGCGUCUGGAAAUGUGAAUGUGUACAGACGCCCUUGUCGACGGCUCGCGAUGGAAGCCUCUACUACGACCUCAAUUCAAUGGUCCGCCACGACUCAACCUACGGCUACAGUGUCUACCUCAAGGGGCUCAGGAUGUGGCUGACUACCGCACAACCCGGCUCCACUCCCCAGCAAUUGGGACUCAGGACCGCCGUCCCGGAAGUGAAGACCAUUGAGCUGCCGAACCGCUACCGGAAGGGACGGAUCAUUGUAGGAGAUGAAGUGCAGACGUUUGGCUACCACCAGUACACGACACUCGAUGGCUUGCAGGGAACGCUGAAGAGACUGAACGAGAAACUCAAGUCUGACCCGAUACCAGGCCGGAUUCUGACUAUCGGGACGGACAUGGUUAAGGCGUUUGACCAGUUCAAACUUGACCUUGACCCCGAUGCCGCGUGCUGGGAUGAGGACAAGGAUCGCUACUCUCGCGUUACACAGGUCCUCCGCAUAUUCUACUUGCAGGGACCACCGGGAAACGAAGAGAUAGGUCUUACCGACUUCCGGCCCCAAAUGACCCAGCGACCUGACAACAUCGCACCCGGCAAGCUCGAGCUCUUUGAUCAAGUGAUGUCAGCCAUGGGGCAGUGGGUAACACAACAAAAGGGCAGCCGCAUUGUGAACAUACAGCAGUUUGACGCGAUUGUGGAGAAAACGUUUGACAAUGAAUUGAAGGUGGAAACGGACUCGACAGACGACGCUGUCUGGGCGUUCAAAGACAGACGACUCGCCAAGACGCUUCGCGUAUUUCAAGUCACUUCCGGCGGACAAGCGGUUGCCCAGCAACCCAACCACAUUAAUUCCCGUCUCUUCUUGCCGGCAAGAAUGGGACCAAAAGUAUUUGAAAGCAUGACCCAGACAAUGGAUAGAGUGGACUUCUGGCUUCGUGUAACAGGUGCGAACGUGUACAACGUGGAGACGGUGAAGCUGUUGCUUCACGAAACGCAACCGGCCGGCGCUGACGUCGCGGCGUCUGAAUACCGGAUACAGAAGAUGACCGGGAAAUACUGGCUCACGGCAAUAAGGGUGUACAUCGCGGGUCCGUACAACGAGCCGGAUCCCUCUCAGCUCCCGCCAGUCCCCUUGUACAAGUCCGGAAGUGGCUCAUGCACAAUCGUAUGACAUUUCAAGCCGAAACAUACACGUGCGUUUUCUGGUCAACAUUAUAAGGAUCCUGAUGGAUGUUACUAUAAAAUACUCGCGUUCAACUAUUCGUGUGAAGUUUCAAUUUGUUUUUAAGUUAUCUUUUCUCAGGUCGAAGUAUCAGUGUUAUACUGUGUAAACGUGGAAGGUGGCAUUCAUAUACCAACAAGUUGAUUUUGCAAAAAGCAUUGCCAUGUUCACCAGACAGCAUUGUCAUGUUCACCAGACAGCAUUGUUAUGAGAGAGUUAUUUUGUGAUAUACACUUUACAUCUUUACAUGUACUCAACUAUUUUUACUUUUGUCAUUAAGGUGGCGGGAUACGUUGCUCCGUCAAAAUUGACGUUCAAAAUAAAAUAUCUUUCAAAUUGUUCGAAAAUUGGCCAGAAUGAUGUGUCAGGCAUGUUUUCCUCAUAUUUGCUAAAACGACUUAUGUCGGCGUUGUCGGUUAUUGCAAAAAGACGCUAUCUAACACCAUACCCCUUUUUAGUUCACCUUAGCCGUAGGCUGAGGGUGAGCUAUAAGGAUCGAUGAUUGUCCGUCGUCCGUCGUCUGUGGUCCGUCCACACUUAGUUUGUUAACACUCUAGGGGUCACAUUUUUGCCUCAAUUGUCACGAAACUUGGUCAGGAUGUUUGUCCCAAUACUUACGCGGACGAGUUUGAAUAUGGGUCAUCUGGGGUCAAAAACUAGGUCACAGAGCCGAAAUAGGGAAAAACCUUGUUAACACUCUAGAGGUAACAUUUUCAGCCCAAAUAUCGUGGAAAUUAGUUAGUAAGGUUAUUUCGAUGAUUUCUAGCUCAUGUUCGAAUAUGGGUCUUCUGGGGUCAAAAACUAGGUCACAGAGCCCAAAUAUGGAAAUACCUUGUUAAAACUCUAGAGGUGACAUUUUCAGCCAAAAUAUCCUGGAAAUUUGUCAGAAAGGUUGUUUCGAUGAUAACUAGCUCAAUUUCGAAUAUGGGUCAUCUGGGGUCAAAAACUAGGUCACAGAGCCCAAAUAUGGAAAUACUUUGUUAACACUUUAGAGGUUACAUUUUCAGCCCAAAUAUCCUGGAAAUUUGUCAAAAUGGUUGUUUUGAUGAUUUCUAAUUCAAGUUCGAAUAUGGGUCAUCUGUUAUUUAUUGUUAUUUAUUGUUUUAAAAUCAAUGAAGGUACCAGCUUCAAACUUCAUGAAAAUAUUUGCAUAAAUUGUGAUUUUUUGUGACGAGUUAUAUAAAAUCCAACCAAAAUAUUGUACGAGUUAUUGCCCUUUGUAUCUUUAUAAACAAAUACAUAUUUGUCAUGUGUUUAAAAAACUGGACAUAUAAUAGUUCCACCUAUGGUGUAUGGGCAGACGGGCACCAUCCAGUAUGUAGUCCGAUCAAUUACUUUUUAACCCUUUGUCCAAUCAUGACCAAAUUUGUUCUGAAUGUGUAUGAACGUGUUUGAUAAUUAGUAAUUAGUUAUUGCGCUCUAAUCAUAGAAAUUACCUAAAAUUGCUCUUGUCCUAUUAAUAACUUUUUAAGCAUUUGUCAAAUAAUCACAAAAUUUGGUGAGAAUGUGAAUGGGCAUAAUACAUCAGAGAAGCCAAAUCCCUGUUAUUGCCCUUUAAUUAUCAACAAGUCUAUAGCACUAAGUUUUGAAGUGAGCGAUAUAGGGCCAUCUUGACCCUCUUGUUUACAUUUUUGAUACGUUUGGCGUUACUGAACAGCCGUUUGUUAUUAUAAAUUUAUGGAAAUUGCUGUAAAGAUACAGUUAUAUAACUAAUACGAUAUGCAUUUUCAACAAAUGUGCCAAUUAUUUAAUGCGCAGAAGAUAAGCUGAGUGUCAUUAGAUAAUUGUGCACGUAUAUUUACGUUCAACGACUGGCAUUUAAGUGAAAAUAACUUCCUUAAAUGCCCGGCACUUCCUAUAUUUUUUCUAACAUUUUAUAGCCUGAUAUUCAGCCUUUCGUGUUAUGUAAUAAAAUAUAUGUGUUUUCGGGCUAAUUAAGCAAACAAUUCAAAACAAGUCGUUCAGAAACGUUUGUUUUAACGUUGCUGACGUCAACGUUGUUUUGACAGAUAUCAGCUGUUUUUUGCGUUCAAAUGUUAGUAGUAUGUGAAAUUCGACCCAAAAUAAAACAUUGUUUACA